AUCAGGCUGGGCAGCGGGCAGAGGCACAUCAGGCUUGGCAUCGGGCAGAGGCACCUCAGGCUGGGCAGUGGGCACCGGGGCCAUCAGGCUGGGCAGUGGGCACCGGGUCAUCAGGCACGACAGCGGGCACCGAGUCAUCUGGCACGACAGCGGGCCGAGCCAUCUAGCAGAACCGUGGGCACUGGGUCACCAAGCUCGACAGCGGGCACCGAGUCAUCUGGCAUGACAGCGGGCACCGAGUCAUCUGGCACGACAGCGGGCACCGAGUCAUCUGGCAUGACAGCGGGCACCGAGUCAUCUGGCAUGACAGCGGGCACCGAGACACCAAGUCAUCUGGCACGAGUCAUCUGGCACGACAGCGGGCACCGAGUCAUCUGGCAGGACAGCGGGCACCGAGUCACCAAGCUCGACAGCGGGCGCCGAGUCACCAAGCUUGACAACGGGUGCCGAGUCAUCUGGCACAACAUCGGGCGCCGAGUCACCAAGCUCGACAGCGGGCACCGAGCCAUCUGGCUGGACCGCGGGCACGGAGGCACCAGGCCCGACCAGGCUGGAUCGGGCCAUCAGGCUGGGUAGCGGGCACCAGAUCAUCAAGCUGGAUAGGAUCAUCAGGCUGGAUCGGGUCA